UACUGCUGCUUAUUCUUUGAAAAUGAUUUUUCUAUUCUCCUACCUUUUUUAUUCGGAAUAACUCUCUAAAUAUACAUACACGUAUACACACACCAUCAUCUCUCUUGGUUCUUGACUUUUGGGGACCUCUACCACCACCAGCACCGCCCCCUCGGCCCUACAGAAUCAUUUAAGGGAGAUUUGCUGAAGAAUUGGAGAAGUGCCCUUUUGGCUUUGUAACAAGGUGAUAUUUGACUUUGAGGCUAAAAAGGGUUGUUGAUUGGGAUGAGGUUCGGUGAGAGCUCAAUAUUCAGUUUAUACUGACUUUGGUAGCUCUUGCAUGUUAAUAACUUUUGUUGGAUUCUUGGUGGUUUUUAUUGGUUAGCUUUGAGUUUUUGUGGUGUAUUUGGUAAACUUUUGAAUUUUUGAGAUUGGUAUUAUGGUUAUGUUAGGGAUUUGAGGUUUUUUCGUGGUAUUAUUUAUGGGUUUGAAGGCUUCCGAUAUUUCCAGAAGUAGGGUUUUGGAUUCCUUACCGUCUUCGUUUAUUAUGGUUUCGAACCAAUUUUUUCUAAUGAAGCAUUGAUGGGGGGAAAACGUUGAUGUUCAUACCUCUUUGUACUCUUGGAGGAGAAUAAGAAAGGCUUAUUUGUGUUACUAGUUCUCUUGGAAAAAUGGAAGAAGAGUCUUCUUGGAUUAGGAGAACCAAGUAUUCUCACACCAUCUAUCAUCGAUUAGACUCUGGCAGAUUGAGUGUAGACUCUAAACUGACCUCAAUUCCUUUAACCUCUCAGUCAGACCGAAUUGCGGGUCUCAAAUCAAGGCCUGCAAAAGGAUCAAGUGUUACUGAGAUUCAGCUCAAUCCUAAGACAAAUAAGCCAAGGGCUGUGUCGCCUCACCCUGAAACCAAACUUUCGGAUACAUUUGAGGAAGCCAGGUCUGACAGGAGGCGAUUUUCAACUCCACAUCCAGUAAGAAAAGGAUCGGGAAAGGGGCUCCAUAAAGAUCCUGUUGAAAAAAAGGCAUCUCACACUAAGCAUCAUUCAAAGUCGCUAAAGAUCUCUUCUAUGAAAUUUUAUGAUAAAUCAAAGAGCACAAAAGAAUCAGCAUGGGCAAAAUUUUUUGAUCAUGGGCAAGGUAAGGUUACCUCUGUUGAAUCAGCUGACGAAUGGAUGCUUGAUCUCUCUAAGCUUUUUAUUGGGCUUAGAUUUGCUCAUGGAGCACAUAGUCAACUUUACCAUGGGUCUUAUAAGGAUGAACCUGUUGCUGUAAAAAUGAUCAGAGUACCAGAUGAUAUCUACGAUGGAUCACUUGGAGCCAGCUUAGAGAAACAGUUCACAAGAGAAGUUACACUUUUGAGUCGUCUCCACCACCAAAAUGUCAUAAAGUUCAUAGGAGCAUGUAGAAAGCCGCCAAUCUUCUGCAUCGUCACAGAAUAUCUAUCAGAGGGUUCUUUAAGGGCAUACCUACACAAGCUCGAGGAAAAUCUUCCCUUACAGAAACUAAUAUCAUUGGCAUUGGAUAUUGGACGGGGCAUGGAGUUUGUACAUUCUCAGGGGGUAAUACAUAGGGACCUGAAGCCUGAGAAUAUACUUAUUAAUCAGGAUUUUCAGCUAAAAAUUGCAGAUUUUGGAAUAGCUUGUCGUGACACCUCUUGUGAUUCUCUGGCUGAUGACACUGGAACAUACCGCUGGAUGGCACCUGAAAUGAUAAAACGCAAAUCAUAUAGCAGGAAGGUUGAUGUUUAUGGUUUUGGGCUCAUUUUAUGGGAAAUGGUAUCUGGAAGUAUUCCUUACGAGGAUAUGACACCCAUCCAAGCUGCUUUUGCUGUGGUGAAUAAGAAUUUAAGACCAGCUAUCCCAGAUACAUGCCCCGCCGCAAUGAAAGCAUUAAUCGAGCAUUGUUGGUCUUCACAUCCGGAUAGAAGGCCAGAGUUCAGUCAAAUUGUGAAAAUACUAGAGCAGUUUGAGGCUUCACUUGCAAGUGAUGGAAACCUAGAUUCAGUACAGAACCUGACAUAUCAUGAUCAUAAAAAAGGGAUUCUUCAUCUGAUUCACAAGCUUGGGCCGGUGCAUCAUAGUCAUCAUAGCCCUCCACCUACGCCUAAGCCUAGGUUUUCAUGAUGUUCCUCUCGACCUGGAUUUGGAGUUUGCAGAUAGUAUUGUGUAUAUCAACGUUUUUGUUUUGAAGUUCUCAUGUCGUAACUUUGAACACAAAUGGUAUGUUUAUAUAUAUGAAUUAACUAGAAAUUUGCGGUAAA